AUGGCUAUUUCAAACAUCCGAUAUGGAGAAGGAGUUACUAAAGAGAUUGGCAUGGACCUGCAGAAUCUUGGUGCUAGAAGAGUUUGUUUGAUGACAGAUAAAAACCUCUCCCAGCUCCCUCCUGUAAAUGCAGUAUUGAGUUCCUUGGCAAAAUAUGGUAUAAACUUUCAGAUGUAUGAUAGUGUCCGGGUGGAACCAACAGACCAAAGCUUCCUGGACGCCAUUGAAUUUGCUAAAAAAGGAGAGUUUGAUGCCUAUGUUGCUGUUGGAGGUGGGUCUGUGAUAGACACCUGUAAAGCUGCUAACCUGUAUGCAUCCAGCCCUACAUCAGACUUCUUGGAUUAUGUCAAUGCUCCGAUUGGGAAAGGGAAGCCUGUCACUGUGCCCCUCAAGCCACUUAUUGCAGUUCCUACAACAGCUGGAACUGGAAGUGAAACCACUGGUGUUGCCAUUUUUGACUUCAAAGAACUAAAAGUGAAAACUGGUAUUGCUUCAAGAGCCAUUAAGCCAACAUUAGGCAUCAUUGAUCCUUUACACACACUCUCUAUGCCUGAGCGAAUAGUAGCCAACAGUGGCUUUGAUGUGCUUUGUAAAAUGGAGCUCUCCCACUUAAAUAAUUUGUUUUUUAAUAUGUCAGUAUUUAACCGACCAGCUUACCAAGGCAGCAACCCCGUCAGUGAUGUCUGGGCUCUUCAUGCUCUGCGCAUUGUGGCUAAAUAUUUGAAAAGAGCCAUCAGAAACCCUGAAGACCGUGAGGCAAGAGCCAACAUGCACCUAGCAAGUGCUUUUGCUGGUAUUGGCUUUGGCAACGCUGGUGUUCAUCUCUGCCAUGGAAUGUCUUACCCUAUUUCUGGUUUGGUGAAAACUUAUAAACCAAAGGAUUAUAAUGUGGAUCACUCUUUAGUGCCACAUGGGCUUUCUGUGGUGCUGACAUCCCCAGCAGUGUUUGCUUUCACAGCACAGAUACAUCCUGACCGCCACUUAGAAGCUGCAGAGAUACUAGGAGCUGACAUCCGCACUGCCAAAAUCAAAGAUGCGGGGCUUAUUUUGGCAGACACGCUCCGGAAAUUCCUGUUUGAUCUGGAUGUUGAUGAUGGCUUAGCUGCAAUUGGUUAUUCUAAAGCAGACAUCCCUGCAUUAGUCAAAGGCACUCUGCCUCAGGAGAGAGUGACUAAACUAUCACCACGUCCCCAAACAGAAGAAGACUUAUCUGCCCUCUUUGAGGCUUCCAUGAAACUUUAUUAGCUUAAACAUUUUGUUCUGAAAAGUGUGCUUCAUUCUAGCACGAAGAUUAUUUCUUAUAGAUACGAGGCUGAAUUUCUUUAGAGAAUGGAAGAACUUGUGCGUCUUUGACUUCUGUUCCACUGUACACUGCCAAAAGGUCACGUAAUUCAUCUUUAACUAAGUAGUGCUUGGAAGUGAAGGCUUGACUGUGGGGUUUUUUCUUGCUCAGUAGUCAGUGGUAUUAACUUGCAUAAAAGUUGCAGCAGACUUCUCAAUUUACUGAAGGCUUUUUUGUGCUUUAGAGGUGGUCAAAGGUGGAAAAAUGUUUUAAGGGAUAUUCCAAAAUAUUUUACAAAUUAUGUUCUUU